AUGACUUCGCUCCUACAAGAGAUCAUCUCCGUUUACCCCUUGUUGAACCCCUCGCAACUCACCGCUGCUGCUUCUAACCGUGUCUGCAACGCUUUGGCUCUGCUCCAGUGUGUGGCCUCGCACGGCGAGACUCGUGGCCUCUUCCUGGGUGCCCAUAUCCCACUCUUCCUCUAUCCCUUUCUCAACACAACAUCCAAGUCGAGGCCUUUCGAGUACCUCCGCCUUACCUCUCUUGGUGUCAUUGGUGCUCUGGUCAAGAACGACAGUUCGGAGGUCAUCAACUUCCUCCUCACAACCGAGAUUAUUCCGCUCUGCCUGCGCAUCAUGGAGACGGGUAGUGAACUCAGCAAAACUGUCGCCAUCUUCAUCGUUCAGAAAAUUCUGCUCGACGAUCUUGGCCUGCAGUACAUCUGUCAGACUUACGAGCGAUUCUACGCUGUUGGCACUGUCCUUUCCAACAUGGUCAACCAGCUGGUCGAGCAACAGACAGUGCGACUACUUAAGCAUGUCGUGAGAUGUUUCCUCCGGUAA